AGACACUUUACCAAGAUGGCGGUAACCGGAAGUAGGUCACUGGAGGGGGCGGGAGAUCUGCGCGCGCAGGCCACAAACCGGCUUUCGGGGCGCCGGCCGUCCGAGGCUUCCUUUGCCAAGAUGGCGCCGGGAGGCAGUGACAGCGGCAGCACGCACUGCUCGAAAAGCGAGGCCGAUUCCGGCUUCCUGGGACUGCGGCCCACUUCGGUGGACCCGGCGCUGAGGCGGCGGCGGCGAGGCCCAAGAAAUAAGAAACGAGGCUGGCGGCGGCUCGCAGAGGAGCCGCUGGGGCUGGAAGUUGACCAGUUCCUGGAGGACGUGCGGCUCCAGGAGCGCACGAGCGGUGGCUUGGUAUCAGAGGCCCCAGAUGAGAAACUCUUCUUCGUGGAUACCGGCUCCAAGAAAAAAGAACUAAACAAGAAGAGGACCAAAAGCCAGAAAAGGUCACUUCUUCUCAAGAAACCCCUUCGUGUUGACCUCAUCCUAGAGAACACAUCCAAGGUCCCUGCCCCCAAAGACAUCCUCGCCCACCAGGUCCCCAAUGCCAGGAAACUCAAACGGAAGGAGCAGCUAUGGGAGAAGCUGGCCAAGCAGGGCGAGCUGCCCCGGGAGGUGCGCAGGGCACAGGCCCGGCUCCUCAACCCUCCCGCGACCAAAGCCAAGCCUGGGCCCCAAGACACCGUUAAGCAGCCUUUUUAUGAUCUCUGGGCCAAAGACAACCCUCUGGAGCGACCCCUGGCUGGCCAGGACACCUUUUUCCUGGAGCAGACCAAGAAGAAAGGGGUGAAGCGGCCACCACAUCUGUACACCAAGCCCUCCCAGGUCCCUGCCGUGGAGGUGACACCGGCUGGAGCCUCCUACAACCCAUCCUUUGAGGACCACCAGACCCUGCUGCUGGCAGCCCACGAGGUCGAGCUGCAGCGGCAGAAGGACGCGGAGAAGCUGGAGCGGCAGCUGGCCCUGCCCCCCUCAGAGCAGCCUGCCACCCAGGAGUCUGCCUUCCAGGAGCUGUGCCAGGGGCUGCUGGAGGAGUCGGACGGGGAGGGUGAGCCGGGCGAGGGCCCAGACAAGGGCCCCGAGGCUGGAGGGGAGCAGGCCGCAGGCGGGGAGGCGUCCCCUGCACCCAUACGCCUGGCCGCCGUGGAGAAGAAGACAGAGCAGCAGCGGCGGCGGGAGAAGGCCGCCCAGAAGAUGCGGGUGCAGCAGGCCGAGGUGCGGGCCGCGCGGCUCCGGCACCAGGAGCUCUUCAGGCUACGCGGGAUCAAGGCCCAGGUGGCGCAGCGGCUGGCGGAGCUGGCACGGCGGCGGGAGCAGCGGCGGGCACGGCGGCUGGUGGAGGCGGACAGGCCCCGGAGGCUGGGAGUCCCCAUCUGCAAAAUGGACAUAAUGAUACCUCAUGGUGCCUUAUGA